AUGGUGGCUGUGCAUGGACUUGCUGCGAACCCAGAUUAUGCUUGGGUUUGGCAACCGAAGAACAACCCAGCCGACGGCUGCGGGUAUCCGACGGAGCACUUCAACUGGUUGAAACAUUUGCUGCCUGCCGAGUUGUUGUUGUCUACACAAUUGUCUUGCCGCAUUAUGACAUUCAACUACGAGUUGAAAUGGCUCAUCAACGCACCUCAACAAAGGCUCUCUAACAUUUCGGACAAAUUGUUGGUUAGUCUUAGGAACAAGCGCGAGAAGGCCACCGAUAGACCGUUGGUCUUUAUUAGCCACAGCUUCGGAGGCAACCUUAUUGAACAGGCCAUCAUAUCCGCCUCUAAACAAGGAUCCGGUUACACUGAGAUCGCUGGAUCUACCGUCGGUGUAGUCUUUCUGGGUACGCCUCACCGAGGCAGCGCCGCCGCUGCCUGGGGUACUCUAAUCACAUCCUUAGCACCGCCUCAAUUUUCUUCCGAAAGGAGGAUUUUAGAAGAUUUGGAGGAGCGUUCAGGUACCUCGACAGAUCGUCUGCAUGACUUUUCCCGCUGGCUCUUCUACGAAUCAGUGUCUGUGGUGUGCUGCUAUGAACAGCUUUUGACGGACUAUGGGUCGAGACUAGGAUCCAUAGGAAGGAUUCUGCCAUUGAAGGAGCUGGUUGUGCCCGAGGCCAGUGCCUGCAUCGACGGCCAUCACAAGAUUCCCCUCCACGCAGAUCAUUUCAAAAUCAACAAAUUCUACGGCCGGAACGAUCCCUCUUUUAAGCUGGUCUACCCCGAAAUCGAGCGAAUGGUCCGAAGCGCUUGAAACAUCCUCAAGCACCGUCGCAGUCCGAAACCUAUUCCCAUGGAUCAAAGCGCUACCUCUGGCGAUCUCAGGAGUUGUCUCCAGGAGAUGAGGGUGACAAAUCCCCGAGAUAUUCUGUCAGACAUUCAGACUCAAAAGGGCAAAAUAGUAGGGCAUACCUGCGAGUGGAUCCUCGGUCGACAAGAAUUCUCCGCUUGGGGAGCCAGCAAAGACUCACAGUUUCUUCGACUCAUUAGCUCCCCGGGUAUCGGAAAGACCAUGAUAUCCACCUUUCUAAUUG